AUGUCCACGCCGAGGUUCAAAAAGGAUAAAGAAAUCAUCACGGAGUACGAGAGCCAAGUCAAAGAGAUCAGGACCCAGCUUGUGGAGCAGCAGAAAUGUCUCGACCAGCAGACGGAGAUGCGCGUGCAGCUGCUGCAGGACCUUCAGGACUUUUUCAGAAAGAAAGCUGAAAUCGAGAUGGAGUACUCCAGAAACCUGGAAAAACUGGCAGAGCGCUUCAUGGCGAAGACUCGCAGCACCAAGGACCACCAGCAGUACAAAAAAGAUCAGAAUCUGCUGUCGCCAGUCAACUGUUGGUACCUGCUGCUGAACCAAGUAAGGAGGGAGAGUAAAGACCAUGCAACACUGAGUGACAUCUACCUCAACAACGUCAUCAUGAGGUUCAUGCAGAUCAGCGAGGACUCCACACGGCUACUGAAAAAGAGUAAGGAAAUUGCUUUCCAGCUCCAAGAAGAUUUAAUGAAAGUCCUAAACGAGCUAUACACAGUGAUGAAGACCUACCACAUGUACCACUCUGAGAGCAUCAAUGCAGAGAGCAAGCUUAAGGAGGCUGAAAAGCAGGAAGAGAAGCAGAUUGGGAGGGGGGAUCCUGUCUUCAGCAUAAGGAUGGAGAAGAAGAUUGAGAAAAUAAAAGAAAAGCGUCAAGCCAAGUACUCGGAAAACAAGCUGAAGUCGAUCAAAGCACGGAAUGAGUACCUGCUGACACUGGAGGCGACAAAUGCAUCUGUUUUAAAGUAUUACAUCCACGACUUGUCAGACUUAAUCGAUUGCUGCGAUUUGGGGUACCAUGCUAGUCUGAACCGGGCUCUGCGGACCUACCUCUCAGCAGAGUACAACUUGGAAACAUCCCGACACGAAGGUUUAGAUAUCAUUGAAAAUGCAGUGGACAGUCUGGACCCACGGAGUGACCGACAGAGGUUCAUGGAGAUGUAUCCUACAGCCUUCUGCCCACCAACUAAAUUUGAGUUCCAGUCUCAUAUGGGGGACGAAGUGUGCCAUAUCACAGCACAGCCCCCUGUCAAUGGGGAGCUCAUCCUGAGGUUUCAACAAUUACAGUCUCGACUGGCGACCCUGAAGAUCGAGAAUGAAGAGGUCAAAAAGACAUCAGAGGCCACUUUAACCACCAUCCAGGACAUGGUGACCAUUGAAGACUAUGACGUGUCGGAGUGCUUCCACCACAGCCGCUCCACAGAGUCGGUCAAGUCCACUGUUUCCGAGACAUACCUCAGCAAGCCCAGCAUUGCCAAGCGGAGGGCCAACCAGCAGGAAACAGAACAGUUCUACUUUAUUAAAUUCCGAGAGUUUCUGGAGGGCAGCAAUCUCAUCUCGAAACUGCAGGCCAAACAUGACUUGCUCAAGAGGACACUCGGUGAUGGCCACCGGGCUGACUAUAUGACCACAAGUAGACAUCCCAACGGGCAAUACAAAACCCUCACAGGCACCCGGCGGGCUAGACCCCGCUCUUGUUUCAAUGUAAAGCUAUUUAAUGGAAAUUUGGAGUCAUUUAUCAAGGACUCUGGACAAGCCAUCCCCAGAGUGGUGGAAAGUUGCAUUCGCUACAUAAAUCUAUAUGGACUCCAGCAUCAAGGAAUCUUUCGAGUAUCUGGAUCUCAACUGGAGGUUAAUGACAUCAAAAACUCUUUUGAAAGAGGGAACGAUCCUCUCAUAGAUGAUGAGGAUAAUCAUGACAUCAAUUCGGUAGCUGGGGUCCUCAAACUCUACUUCCGUGGUCUGGAGAAUCCUCUUUUCCCCAAAGAGAGAUUCAACGAGCUGCUGUCUUGCAUUAGAAUAGAAAACUUGUAUGAGAGAGCGCUGUACAUCCGAAAGAUCCUUCUAACCAUUCCCAGAUCAGUCCUCAUUGUAAUGCGUUACCUCUUUGCCUUCCUCAAUCAUCUGUCACAGUACAGUGAUGAAAACAUGAUGGACCCGUACAACUUGGCCAUAUGUUUCGGCCCCACACUCAUGCCCACACCAGACAGCCAAGACCAGGUCUCCUGCCAGGCUCACGUGAAUGAGAUAAUCAAGACCAUCAUUAUCCACCAUGAGACCAUCUUUCCUGAUGCCAAGGAGCUGGAGGGACCCAUCUACGAGAAGUGCAUGGCUGGAGGCGACUACUGUGAAAGUCCUUACAGCGAGCAUGGGGCGCUGGAAGAGGUGGACAAUGAGGGAGGGGCCGAGACGCACACCAGCGAGGAUGAGGGCGAGCCUAUUGAAGCCAUUGCCAAGUUCGACUAUGUUGGGCGCUCCUCUCGAGAGCUGUCCUUCAAGAAGGGAGCCUCUCUGCUGCUUUAUCAGCGAGCAUCUGAAGAUUGGUGGGAGGGACGGCACAACGGCAUCGACGGCCUGGUUCCACACCAGUAUAUCGUGGUCCAGGAUAUGGAUGACAACUUCUCUGACAGCUUGAGUCAGAAGGCUGACAGCGAGGCCAGCAGCGGCCAUGCAGGAGAAGAUAAAUGUUCAGGGAAGGACAUCAGCUCACCCACCGAUGCCAGGGUCUCUGAGGCCUACAUCGCCAGGCAUAGAAAAAGAUCAGACCCACCAACUCGCCGACCCCCAGCCCGCCCCAGCAACUGCAUGCUUCAUCCAUCCCAGCAGGGCCACGGUGGGACACCCGAGAUGGGCUCUCCAGUUCUGGGCCACUACAGCCAGCGGGACAUGCUGAGAAGCCACAACCACAUGCAAAUGGACAGCCCCGAGCGGAGGAGGCGCACCGGUCACGGCAGCCUAACCAACAUCAGCCGUCACGAAUCCCUGAAGAAGAUGGAGAGCCCGCCAAUCCGCCGCUCCACCUCUUCAGGCCAGUACACGGGCUUCACUGACGGCUUACACCACCACGGCGGCAAGCCCUUGGACCCGGAGACCAUCGCACAGGACAUAGAGGAAACAAUGAACACUGCUCUAAAUGAGCUGCGUGAGCUGGAGCGACAGAGCUCAGCUAAGCACGCCCCUGACGUGGUGCUGGACACUCUGGAGCAGCGUCAGACUGCCGGCGGCGGCGGUGGAGGAGGCUCCACUAUGGCGAGUUCCAACGAGUCCCUGAGCCCCAUCCAUGGCAUCAUGCUGCGGUCAACUGCCAACACUGAGCCACCCAUCCGCCGCAGCACCAGCUCCUCCAGUGAGGCCAUGAGCACCUUCAAACCCAUGGUGGCCCCACGCAUGGGGGUGCAGCUGAAACCCCCUGCUCUGAGGCCCAAACCGAUGGUCAUGCCUAAGUCCAAUCAGGCCCCGCAGCCUCCUGCUGGACCUGCUCAGGACCCUCUAGAUAAAUCCUGCACCAUGUAGGCUCUGAAAAAGAAAACAAAGAUGGGAAGCAAAACCCUCUACCCAUUUCUUUGGGUCUGUGAAAUUCCUCCUGUGUUUUUAGUACACAGAGGACAAGAUCCAAAAGAUCUUUGUAACCUUUGUAAUUAUAGGUUGUAGUUACAAUGUAGACUUGGUUGUAGCUGAUAAAAUGAUCUGCCAUAUAGUAUAGUUUUUAAAAAUGAAUUUGAACAACAAAUCACAACAUCUUCCUUCAGAUUUUAGAUUUGGUUGGUUUUCCAGAUAAUACUAAAAAAAUCAAGCGAGUGCAGGAGAACUGGAGCAGCCACAGUGGUAAAAACAGGAGGAAUAGUUCUCCAUAUCUGGGAGUGCCCAUAACGAUGUCAUGCUUCUACACCUGAGAUGUAAUUGAUCUUAUCUUUUCAAACUGUGCUGGACAUGAAACUUUAUUAAAGGAGCCUAAAAGAACGUAUCUAUUAACGGUACUCUGUUAAUAAACCCAAAGUACUGAAAUAUUUUCCUUUCCUUUCUGUUGCAUGUAAACUGCAGCUUCAUUCAGCUUUUUUUUUUCUUUCUUUUUGUUUUAUUCUUUAAGGUGUAUAAUGUCCUAGAAAGCAGUAGAGAAACUGCCUCCUUUUUGGCCUCACUAAGAUCAUUUUAAACUUUAUUCUAUAAUAACAAGAAGAUAGCAGAACUGGAUAAAACCACUAAUUUGUCGUGAACCUGAAUGCUUCACUUCUUGCAUAUACACCCAAGACUGUAUGUAUGCCUUAGUAUAUGUGUCAGCCAUGAGUGUGAACAUUUGAUCACAUAAUGCGGGCCACAUGUCAUAGCCUCCUGUAUGCCUUGGCUUUAUCUACCCAAAGACAUGAGUGUAUAAGUUAAAGCAUGGAUGUUGAAUCUCCAUAUUCACUGAUGUGCAUGGACUCUAAGAGUGCUGCCGGUAGCCAUGGACCCUAUGACUGUUAGCCUUAGCAUAUAGCCACUCCCCUCAUUCUGCUUCUGUCUGAAUAUAGCAGUUUGCUUUGAGCCUUACAGUCUGUGUUCUGUUCAGGUGAUUAUGUCACUUAUGGGUUUGUUUUUUUAUUUUGUUUGUUUGUAGUUAUUCCUCUUGAACUGGUUAUUAUUGCUCCUGUGUGGGUUUAUGAAGCUGACAAACUAAAUAACAUGAAAAAAAUAAGAUAAUAAAAGACUGUACAUUGCUCUGCUCCUGAACUAUAAUUUCAAGAUGCAAUAGCUUCAGAAAUGUGUUUGUGCCAGACUCCAGGAGCUCUGUACUUGUCUUUUUUUUUUUUUGCCUCUGCAAUAUAGAAACAACAUCUGGGUGCACGUCCUUUUGUUACUAAACAAAGAACAAAAUGGGUUUGCAAUAAUAGGCAACGGUCUCUAAUAGCAGGUUUACACAAUCGUUGAAUUGAU